AUGUCCCUUCUUGACUACUGGGAUACAAGUCGCUCAUCAGUAAAGCGUCGAAAAGUCACACCUGAAGUUUCCACGCCUCAAACGAAGCCGAAACGAGAAAUCGAAAGAGUCUUCGGAAAGUUGCCAUCAGACGAAACCUCGACCCUCAAGACCGAGAACUCGAUAUCGCUUGCCUCUGCCGACGAAGAACCGUUGAAUGACGGCGAAGAUGCCAUUCCAGGCAGCCAGACCGAGCUCGAGUCCGCUCUUCCUGCCAUCAAUACAGAUACCCAGGCAAUAGAGGAGUAUGAGUCUUCACAGAAAGCGGAGGAUGGCGAGGAUAAGGAACUGUCUCUGCAGGAGAGGAUGCGGGACGGCAAGUGGCGAAAGGGAAAGAGCUCGAUAUACGUGGAUGCGUUCAACCUCGCUCUGGAUACAGUUCUAGCUGAAGAGGCGCAUCUUUUCAGUGACUCUGAGAAAGAGGUGUUUCGCCACUGGAGGGAAUUAUCCUAUGAGUCGCAAUAUCUAUAUGUUCGCCUUUUCUUGCGCAAGACGUCAGCGUGGCAUCGGGUCAAUAGGUUGGGCUAUUACUCGGAUAUUGCUGAUGUGCCGCAAGUGGUCGCGGAUUUACAAAAGACUAGAGACCUCUCUACUUCGGAAUUUUCGGACAAUGAGAGCUCGUCAGAUACCUCGUCCCCAUCUGACAUAGGCUUGAGUGGCGAGUUCCGCUUUGCUGAUACGGCUGAUGAGAUCGCCACUGUGGAAGAAGCGUCAUCAAUGCUACUACUCGAUGAGUUGAAAGUCCUCGCGAAGGAAGCCAAGGUGCAGGGAAAGUCCAAGCAAGAGCUUAUCACGGCAUUACACAAGUCGAGCCAGAAGCAAACCGGACUCGGAUGGAACACCUCGAAUAACUCAAAUCGAGAAGAGCACUUUGUUAAGAAGAUUCUUGACUACACGGGGGAUUGUAUUCGGCUCGCGUCCAGUCCUUAUGAACUCUUCGAGCGGGUCCAUCUUGUUUUCUACCGAUCGACCGAGUGGACGGAGAAAUCACUCACCACUAUCAUUCUUGCGAAGAUAUCCCGCCGGAACUUCCCUGAGUUCGUCGUUUGCCGCUCCAGCUCAAUAUUUCCGUCAAGGGAUAUUCUCCUCGAGUUUGAAUCUGCUUUACGGACUCAGUACAAGAUAGAUAACUUCCUCGAAUUCAGUGGGACACCAACAAGAGACCGACUACAGGAGAUCAAAGACUUGGCUUACAAGAUUUACCCUCGAUGGAGGACCCUUCUCGAACAGGAACAGCAGAAGGAGGAUACCAUUUAUGAAUGCGGAGAAGGCGCAUACUUACGCCGCUUCUCACCCGCUUGGGUAUACACAAGAAUCCUGCAUAAGGGCCUCCAUCCCCUUGGUCGCUUUAAAGAGUACAAGGAGGAACAUAGACUUAUAUCUGAACUACUAGACCAGCGGCUAUUUCACCCCGCUCGACGCGGCGCAUGGUACCAGCGCAAGGCGCUCUUAGAGGAGCGCUACAUGUGGACCCUGAUGCCAUCCGAGGGGCGCAAUGAAGAAGCUCAGAAGAAACACUGGAGACGCAUCGCGUUACGCACAUGCGAGGAAGGCCUUGAAGACCCAUCCUGCCACUUGAUAUACCAUCAUGACUUACAGAAACGGAUCCAAAAGCUCGAGAAAGCACUGAAGGUUGUCAAGCGAGAGCAGCAUGAUUUCGGGCACGUCGCGCUCUCCAAGCCCGAAGAACGUACAGUCGAGGGCAUCCAGGUUGAGCGCGAGGAUACCCCGAUUCGAACACCACCCCUCGUCAAGGACAAAAAAAACGACGAUGACACACUCACACCCACCCCUAAACGCAGCGGACCAACCAUCUGGAUCGACGAGCGCGAAGACGGCGCCGAAUGUCGAGUCGAAGCCAUGUGUCUCAGCUGGUACCGAGAUAACGGCUGGAAGGGAUACCACUCUGAGGGCGGGAUUCUUCGAACACUAUUCGCCUACCUCUUCUACGACAUAAUCUUCACCUACAUCCCCAACGUCUUCCAAACAAUCUUCCAAACCUGCCCAUUAGACCUACACACAGACGCCUUCUACCCCUCGCGCGCCUCAGAGAUAAACCACCGCCUCGUGCAAAUCACCAACGGCGACGCCCCCUCUCUCAUCCGCGCCGUUCACGCCCAGUACUCAGAGAUCCAGCCCUGCGCCAUCGGCCUGGACUGGUCCUUCCCGCUUGAAGACCUGCUAGAGAUAGCAGAGUGUUUCAAGGGCGAGGCACUCGCUGCAAUCUGCAAGAUCAUGGCGCAGGAGUAUCAGGCGAGAGGUGGCGGCGUGCCGGAUUUGUUCCUUUGGAGUGUCGAGAAGAAGGAGGUGUGUUUUGUUGAGGUGAAGAGUGUCAAUGAUCGCUUGAGUGACACCCAACGGCUCUGGAUCCAUGUCCUGCUUGGUGUUGGGGUUAGGGUUGAGCUUUGUAAUGCGGUUGCGAGGGAGGUUAGGAGGGUUUAA